CUUUAGUGUAGCCCAACGUUUUUGAACUAAUUUCAAGAAAAUUUUGACCACAACGUCUUGUGUUUCCAGUUACCAAACGAACAAACUUUUUCUUUUUUAAUCCCUCUAAAUAAAAUGUUUAACUAGAAAAACGCCAACCUGUUACUUAAAAAUGCUUUAAUUGAUAAAAAACAACAACAUUUGCAACACUUACAAUAGCUGACGUUUAUUAUUGCAAAAUUGUUUUCGUUUCUUAUAUUUUGAUCGUCAUAUUCCUUGAGGAAACCACAAGAAAAUUUCACAAAUUUUGGCCAAAAAAAUGGGUGGCAAAACAAAACAGACACAACGUACUAAAAAUAAUGCCAAGCCUUCUAGCAGUGCCCGCAGUGCGGAAUUACUGGGUUCAGCUCCAACAUUUGUAGGCUUUUCGGCACACUCCGAUUUUGGUAUAAUACCUUUUGCACCGGGUUUUGCUACAGCCGAACAAAUGCCCGAAACAUUUGAUGCCAGCAUAAGUCCUCAAUAUCAAUUGACCAUGAAGAAACUAUCAAAGAAAGAUCCCAUGACUAAGAAAAAAGCCUUACAGGAAUUUAUCGAUUUAAUUAAUGCAUCCGAAAUAGAAGAAUUAAAAAUGAUUUUACCUUUAUGGCCAAAAUUCUAUCACAAUCUAGCUGUUGAUCCCGAACACAAUGUACGUGAACUAACACAGACGGUGCUACAGCUGCUGGUGUCUAAGUGUAAAAAGGCCGUAGCUCCCUAUCUAAAGCAAUUGGUGCCCGUCUGGUUAUCCAGUCAAUUUGAUAAUUAUGCUCCUGCUGCUUCUAUAGCCAGUAUUUCGUUUAAUGAUACCUUUGCCAACAAUGCCAAUCGUACGCGUGAAGUUUGUCUGCAUUGUCAAAGUGAGAUUUUUGAUUAUGUUUUGCGUAAUUUAACAUUCCAUACUGCUUCCACUUUGUCAACCGGUAAAAGUCUUACACCCGAAGAAGCCGAGCAAAAGUAUCAACGUGUUGUUAUGUGUAGUUUAAAGGAGCUUUCCUUUUUCGUGGAACACACUAUGGAGGUGGAGGAUCAAACACAAAUACUCGAGGGUUUAACAAAGUUGUUGGAUCAUCAAAAAUUUUGGAGUUUUGCCAAGAAUAAGUUGAAUUCCAUCAAAGCUGCUUGGUUUGAACUAAUGUAUCAUUUACUACAAAGUCCCAAACAACAGGAAAUUUUUGCCAAACAAAAGACACAAAUGACAACAAUAGCUUUUCAAAAUAUUGAUGAAUCAGAUCCUCUUGUAGCACCUCAUGUCUGGGGUUGCAUUUUGCUAUUACAAACAAAUUACAAGGAUUGGCAUCAAACAAUAGAUUUUUAUAAAAAUGUUUGGCCAAAACUUACUCAUCUACUACGUAAUGCCUUUAAUCGUAAUGCUCAUGCUAUAUGUCCCAAUAUAUUACCUUUCUUCUCACAAUUAAUAAAUGUCACCUCCGAUAUGCAGGAAUAUCAUAAUUUAAUAAAGCAAUUUUUCGACAAUAUUAAAGAUGUUAUAACAAUGGAAACUCCUACCAAUAAUAAUAAUACCUCAAUGCAGGACAAUAAAAUGAUUAUAAAGACAUAUUUUGAAUGUUUGCGUUAUAUAAUACAAAAAGUCUAUAAUAAAAAGGAUAAAACUGUAGAGGAAGAGAAAACUUUGGUAUUACAAUUGCUGGAAGAGAAUAUUGUACAACCCAUAAAAUGGUUCCUAAGCGGUGAAGAUAGUUUAUUAACCAAAUACUUCUUCCAACAAACCUCUACACUGGUAGCUUUCUUCGACAAACAAUCGGCUAAUUGCUCUUUAUAUCAACAAUUAUUGGAGAAAUUUUGGUGUUUAUUAUUCACUCUCAUACCCGAAGAACUUCAUAAAACAGAUGUUAGUGAAAUCUAUUUGGAACAUGUUAUAGAACUUAUCAAUGAUAUGUAUGUGGCUAAACCAAAUUUAGAAGAGCAUAAAGUUAAAUUUGUCGAAGUUAAUGGCGAAGAGGAGGGUGAAAAUGCUGAAAACCCUAUCAAAGAUAAUAACCAUACGACGGCAGCUUUUAUACAAAAAGAACUUAGACAAUUGGUUUUACAAUUAUUGCGUAUUUGUUUUAAUAAAACUGUAUCUUUAAAAACGUCCAAAUAUAUUAAACAUGUACGUUUAUUCUGUAAUAUGUUUAACGACAAAGAAUUCUUUGCUAAAAUAAGUGAAGAUGAUAAAUUGGAUACUACACUAAGGACAUUAGUGGAUUUGUUAAAGUCAUCGGUUUUGGAUAAUGACGCGUGUGCGAUAGUGGUGGAUGUAGUGUUUGAAAUUUUACAGAAUUUAGAAAAACAACAACGAUUCGAAUUCAUCGAAAGGGAGUUGAUUAAGAUUCCCCAUCAUUUAACACAAACCUUAGUAUUGCAACGUUUACUCUCUCAUCCCUUGUGCAUAGAACCGGAAGUGCGCAGUAUGUUAUCACAAAAUGAAACAACCGAAAUUAUCAGCAAAGUAGCACACGAGGUGGUUAACAACAAUUCCAAAGAUUUAUUUAAUCUCUUACACAAGUGUUUCUUUCAAACUGAUACUGGAGAUAUUUUAAUUACCGCACAAUCCGUAGACACAAUACUCAAUAUACUUUCCGAGCCUUUGGAAGAACAGCAAGAUAAUGAAAACUCCAAUACAGAUGUAGAUGCCUGUGGUAGUUUUAUAGCACAAAUAAUGCCUGUAGUCUGUUCGAAUAAAAAUUCAUCACGUGAUGUACAACAUAAAGUAUUCUUAAGGUUAUUUAAAUUUAGUAUAGAAAAGUCGGUCAAUGAUUAUAUAUCUGAGGAUACGUUAUGGGAAAUAACCACCUGCUGGCAGGAUGCUUUAUCAAGUGAAGAUAUUAUUAUAGAUGAGGAUUUAUUAAAGAAAUGUACGGAAAUUGUUCAACAAAAAGCUCAACAGGAAGAUUUAACUCUAACAGCUCUUGAGUCUAUGGCAGAAGCUAUGGCCAAAUUUGUUACUUGUUCUACCGAAAAUAUUGAAGAGGAAUCCCAACGUUCUGUUAAAAUUGAUGAAGUUUUACAGACUUUACUGCAAAACAAUUUAAAUGAUAUCGAAACACUCUUUAAUGUUUGUUUAUUUAUAGAAUCCUUAAAAGGAGUAACAACUCCUUCAAGUGAUUUUACACAACAAGUAAAAAAUUUCAAUGAUUUGAAACUAGUAUUACAAAAGUCCUUACUUAAUCUAACUACGCUCUGCAAACUAGUGUGUAAAACUAGUAAAACUCCUGCUUUACUAGAAACCCCAGAAAACAAUGAAGAUGAAAUCACCGAUGAUUACUGUGAUCCUAAUGAAAAUUUAUUGAAAAUUUGGUCCGACUACUUGCAAACACAACUAUUGCAAUAUAUAAACAUUGCAGCCUGUGGUGAUAGUUUGGUUUCCUAUUCUGAUAAUCUUAACAAGCAAUUGGAAGCUCUAUGCUUAGAGCUUUCCGUAAAGGUGCAAUUACUUUUGCGUCAAUCAGGAGAAUUAAGUGUUACUCUAAAAGAAAGACUACUAGAGGAAGCUGUCAAAGAGGAAAAUAUUAUUUAUUGUCGUUCAUUACCAUAUUUGGUGAACAUAGAACAAUAUGCUCAAUUUGAAGAAAGUGCCACGUUACUUUUGGCUGAAGAUUUACAGGAAUAUUUUGUGGCACAGAAAUCUUUCAAAGCCUAUAUAAAUACUCUACAGUAUUUACUACCUAAACUAGAAGCCAAAACCAUUAGCAGUCAAUGUCCCAUUAUGCGUUGUGAACCACCUGACAUGUGGAUUAAGGCGGCAGUUUUUCGUUGUUUAAUAGAGAAUAAUUUUUCCUCGUCAUACAAUGAGAAAUCGGAUCAUAAUAUUGUUAGCUCUGCCGUUCAGUUUAUAACACAACAUGCCGAUAAAUUACACACACAAAAGGAUUUGCUAUUAUACCAAACGGAAAUUCCCAAGCAAGAGAUGUUGAAUGUUUUAAAUGCUGUGGAAUACAUGAAUUUAUUAACUGAAGUUUUGCGCAAAGUUCCCCAUCAGUUAUCUAUUAAAAACUGGGAUGUUAUACGCAUCGGUUUGGGUCAUUGGAUUUUAAGUUUGACUAAGUCUCUGGAUUAUGCAUUAGAAAAUCAAGAUCAAAAGACGUUAUACUUUACCCUACAUGUCUUUAAACUGUUUGCCGCUUUAACCUCAUUCUUUGCCGAAGAAAAACAAAAAAGUUCAACAGAACUAAUUAAAAAUGUUUAUGAUGAAUGGAUACAGGUGUUUUCACGUGAUGUAUAUUUAACCUUGUUUAAAUCAUUUUAUCGUAUUUGUCAAUAUCAAGAUUUUACGUCCAACUUUUCCGAUUGCUGGGAAAUAUUCUUAAAUGAACUUACCACUACCAUGGAUCAUAUGGAUUAUGGCAUUGUAUAUGCGUUCUGUAAAAAUUCCAACCAAAUUACUUUGGAUCAUGUCUGCAAUUUCCUAUUGAAAAAUCUGUCCAGUCCUGUUCAUUCACUUCGUACUUUAAGUAUUUUUAUGAUGCGUCAAUUAACACCACACUUUGUGGCCGAUGAUAUUGAAGUGUAUGACAAGAAAUCAGAGCAAAUUGAUAAAGAUGAACAUAAAAUUGUUAAAUGGCAUUUCUUAAAUCGUUUCGAAGACUAUAUCGGACGUUAUGAAAUGCCAAUACAAAAAUAUAUUAAAGAAUUUAGCUUUAAAUUGACGGAAAUAGGCAAAACGGCCACGAUUGACAGACAUGAAGCUUUAAGCUAUUUAAUGCUAUGGGAUUGUAUUAUUUAUGCUUGUGCCAAAUCACCAGUAGCUUUACGUUCAGUUUAUACCUCCUGGUUACAUGAAAAUAAAUAUGAAGAGAAUUUACUGCAAUUUUUAUUCCGAGCCAUGCCCGCGGAAAUUUUGAGAAAUCACAGUACCAAACAAUUAAACAACGAUAUUUUCAAAGGUCUCACUUGGACACAGAUCAAAGAUCCCAAUUUAUCUUUGGAAAAGUACGUCUGUCAUUUAUACACCGAUGUUUUAAGUAAACUACCCGCUGUUGUACGCAAAUGGUGGAACACUAGUCCCUCCAGACAAAAGACAUUUGUCGAUACUUUAACCACUAAUUUCGUUUCGCCUAUUAUUUGUCAGGAGGAAUUGAUGGCGAUUGCUAGUAAAAAGGAUAAACAUGAAAAUAUGCAGGUGAGAAAAAAGGAUCUGGCAGGAACUAAAACUGAACUAGAACUGAAAUAGAAUUGAACUAGAAUU